CGGGUCCCGGGUCCUCCCCUGCGGAGCCGGCUGUGAGCGGAGGGGUAGGAGGCGAGUUCGGGGAUCCCUGAUCCUCUGUAGGCUCCUAGCGGCGUCUAGCCUUGGAACAGCUGCAAAAGCGGUGGGGCCUGGUGUUCUUCCCUUUCUUCCUUGCCACUCUUGAGCUGGCCCCCAAGAUCCAGGGAUCGGCAGGAGAGACCCGAGCCUUGGCGCUAGGAUGGGAAACAGUGCCCUCCGCGCUCAUGUGGAAACCGCGCAGAAAACUGGUGUCUUUCAGCUUAAGGACCGUGGGCUGACCGAGUUCCCCUCAGAGUUGCAGAAGCUGACAAGCAAUCUCAGGACCAUCGACUUGUCCAACAACAAGAUCGAGAGUCUACCGCCUAUGAUUAUAGGGAAGUUCACUCUGCUGAAGAGCCUGUCCUUGAACAACAACAAACUGACUGUCCUUCCUGAUGAGUUAUGCAAUCUGAAAAAACUAGAGACACUAAGCCUAAACAACAAUCACUUGAGAGAGCUGCCAUCUACUUUUGGGCAACUAUCUGCCCUUAAGACCCUGAGCCUCUCUGGGAACCAGCUGAGAGCACUACCAUCCCAACUUUGUAACCUACGGCACCUGGAUGUAGUGGAUCUCUCCAAGAACCAAAUUCGGAGCAUACCUGACACAGUGCAGGAGCUGCAGGUCAUCGAACUCAACCUCAACCAGAACCAGAUAGCUCAGAUCUCAGUGAAGAUAUCUUGCUGUCCUCGCCUUAAAGUUCUUCGUUUGGAGGAGAAUUGUCUUGAGCUCAGUAUGCUUCCACAGAGCAUCCUCAGUGAUUCCCAGAUCUGUCUGCUUGCUGUAGAAGGCAACCUUUUUGAAAUAAAGAAACUUCGAGAACUGGAAGGCUAUGAUAAGUACAUGGAGAGGUUCACAGCCACCAAGAAGAAGUUUGCAUGAUGUUCUCCAGGAGCAUGUGAACCAUACAGGACACUGACUUGGAACCUGUUGCAAUCUGGCUGAAUGAAAGGCUCCUGUUGUUGUCAAGGAUAUCUGCAGUGAGGAGAUGAUAUUCCAGGAGGUUAUAUUUCACUCAAUGAUCUUUUUCCUUUCCAGGGCUCAUCUCAAAUAAGCUAAAGGGAAUCAAACACAGGAAGACUCUUCCAUUUUGAGUCAUGGAUAGGGCAAAGGACAAUGUUGAUCUUUGAAACCAUCAUUUGUUUGGCUUUGAGAAACCCAGUAGCUAGUUGCUAUGUAUACAGUGAGGGGAUGCUGCCUGGUACCAGAAUAGCUCCACACAACAGCUUGAAAUUUCAUGUGUCUCAAUGUGCGAGCUUUCAGAAAAUCAUUUGCCAUUCCACCCUGUGUUGACACUUCAUAUUUUUAUGAAAUUCAAAUAAUUCAUGAGAGGCUGCUAUGGUUAAUCUAAGGAUUUAUGAUUUUACUCCAGUCCAUUAGUUCAAUUGCAAUGUUUAUACUUGGAAUUUAGGAUGUACAUAAAGGUAUGACUCUUGAUUAAAAGUGUACUUUGUCAGAGAAGCAACAACACAACACUAAGAGGUGUUCCCAAGGCUGCAGUAGCAAUUUUUUUUUUUUUUACUAUUGCAGGUGCCUUAUUGAUAGAGGGCUCUGAAGAGCUAAAACUGUAUGCAAAACUUGUAAGAUACAAGGGUUUUAAUAAUCAAGAUUUUCCUGAAGCUUUGUUAGAAACAGUCUCUUAUUUCUGGUCAUCUUUUUGUAUUUAGAACUCUAAUAAUCAAAUUACCUAUCAAAAAGCUACUGUUACAGUAUUUUACAACAACUUAUGUUUAUCAAAUUUAUUCUCCGAAUGAGAGAAUAUACUAAAGAUUUUUUAAUAACUAUGGCUGGAAGAAAGGUUAAUCCUUUAAAGUAAGACGACAGGGAAACUUUAACCUGUAAAUGGCCCUUUGUUUGAAAGUAAACUGAUAAGAAAUGUUUUAUGUUCUUGUUCGGGUUGCAAGAGUACUGAAAUGCCUUCAUGUGACUUAUAAACAUUUUGUGGUACUGGAAACCAUGCUUAUUAAGAGAAACUGAAGCUAUAAAAGUAGAUUUUUUUCAGACUGUUACUGGCAGGAACAUUUAGAAAGCUACAACUCUGCUGUUUUCGGAUGUUUUGUCUUAGCCAAGGGGCCGUCAUUUACCAUGUACUGUUAGUUCUCAUUUUACAAACCUAGUUUAACCAUUACGUCAAGAGAUCACAAGAGCCUAGUGUUUAUAUGAGGAAAGUCUCUCUGACCUUAAAUCUGGUCUAGGGGUUCUCUUUUUCCCAUGUUAUUCUCUGUUUCUCAACUGGGGAGGGAUGGGGGUGCCAGUUUACAUUACCAAUUGAGUUUUGUUUUUUAUAAACUUUGUUUAAUGCUUAAUCUUAUUGAUCUACUGAACAUUUCUCUAUUUUAUCAAUACUUAUCUAAUAAAUCAGAACUUAUAAAUUAAAUAAC